ACACAACAGCUACGUUAACAAGCAAUGGGUGUUGCCAGGUUCGUUUUUGUGCCUCCAUCAGUCUAAUAUAAAUCUUUAUUGCUUGUUGUUAUAUAUUACACAAUAUAAUAAAAAAACACCCCACUUCUCCUUUUUAGAAUUACAAAAAUACUUAAAUUUGUGUGUGGGUGACCGUGGCAACACGCGAGAGGAGGACGGGCCAGUGGUGUGUCAGGUGCUGUGACGUCACAUUCGCAGCGCAGAUAUAUAAAACAUGCACAGUAGUUUUACGGGAAGACAAGAAGAGGGCGUGGUCACUCCACUGUGUUUUGCGCUGCUUUUUCUUGUAGCGCGCUUUUCCGCAUUCCUCGCGAGCCCGUUCUGUCCUGUAGUGAAAAGCAACAACACGGCGCGCAUCAUUUGUCAUUUCGCCGGCUCUGAUAUGACACAGCUCUCUGGAUUACAUGGUAGUUUACCUUCAGGGCAGCGGACAAACCUGUCAUAAACAAGCGGGAUAAAGUCAUCACGGAGCAGGUUCCCGUUCAGAAAAGUCCCGAGUGCCAUCGCCGUCAUUGUUACCAUAAUUUCACUACCUGCUCUUUCUGAGAGUCAAUAAAAUCCGCCGCAAUGCAACCACCAGAUAGCUGCUCCGUCAACUCACUGCCGUCCGACUGUGAGGACAGUGAGCCCCUCGUCAAGCCCGAUGCAGUUCCCCGUCAGUGCUGCUCGGCUCGCCUCAGCUUGGCCGUCCUCAUGUUCUUCGGGUUCACCGUGGUCUACGGGCUCCGUGUGAACCUCAGCGUCGCCAUGGUUGCCAUGGUGAACAGCACAGACCCCGCGCCUCCCCCAAACAGCUCCAACGCCCACAGCUGCCCACUGCCGCCUGGGAACGACAGCAACCGCUUUGUGCAGCCUGACGGGGUCCCUCAGUACCCGUGGGACUCGGAAACUCAAGGCUGGUUGCUCGGGGCCUUCUUCUUCGGCUACCUGUGCACUCAGAUCCCUGGGGGUUACCUGGCAGGCCACUACGGGGGGAGCAUCUUCCUGGGCCUGGGAGUGCUGGGCACCGCUGUCCUCACCCUGCUCACGCCCCUGGCUGCCCAGUUGGGCUCGUACUGGCUGUUUGCGCUACGAGCUGUGGAGGGCUUUGGGGAGGGCGUGACCUUCCCCGCCAUGAUGGCCAUGUGGGCUCGCUGGGCUCCUCCUCUGGAGCGCUCUCGCCUCAUGAGCGUUUCCGGAGCUGGGGCCAACUUUGGGGCCUUCGUGGCCCUGCCGCUCACCGGUGUGAUCUGCCAGACGCUGGGCUGGCCCUCCGUCUUCUACAUCUGUGGAGGUGCUGGUUGCCUCUGGGCUGUCUUUUGGUUCAUUUUUGUUUCCGAUGACCCUCGCACCCACCGUCGCAUCAGUCAGGAGGAGAGAGACUACAUCAUAAACUCUAUUGGGUCCCAGGGCACGCCUCACGGCUGGUCCGUGCCUCUGCUGCAAAUGAUGAUGUCCGUCCCGCUGUGGGCCAUCAUCGUGACUCAGAUGUGCUGGAACUGGUCCUUCUACACGCUGCUCACCUCUCUGCCCACAUACAUGGACAACGUCUUGCACUUUGACCUCAAAUCGAACGGCUUCCUGUCCGCGCUGCCCUACCUCGGUGGCUGGCUGGUCUCCACAUUGUCGGGCUUCGCCGCCGACAGCCUGAUCGAGAGGAGGGUGUUCAGCAUCGCUGUCGUUCGCAAGCUCUUCACCGUCACAGGGAUGGUGCUUCCUGCCGCCUUCCUCGUGGCAGUGAGCUACGCCGGCUGCAACCACAUCCUCACCGUCACCUUCCUCACCUGCUCCACAGCCACAGGAGGGAUCAGCGGCUCUGGAGUGUUCAUCAACCAGAUGGACAUCGCUCCUCGCUACGCAGGAUUUCUUCUGGGAAUCACCAACACAUUUGGGACCAUUCCUGGAGUCGUGGGACCGAUUGCUACAGGCUACUUCACACAAGAUCACUCUCUGGAGGGUUGGAGGAAGGUGUUCUGGGUCGCAGCUGCCAUUAACGUCGGCGGUGCUAUCAUCUUCGCGAUACUGGGCAGCGGGACGUUGCAGCCGUGGGCGAUGACGGAGGAGGACCGAGCCGAGGAAGAGAGAAGGAGGAGCAGGUCCAUCAGAGCGUAAAACACAAACCAUGCAGACACAUCCCAACAAAGAGCAGCAGCGCGUUUGGGCCUGAUCAUCCCAGCGUGCUGCCUGCAGAGACACUCAGACUUCUGCCUCUGCGCUGUGCAAGUCUUCAAGUCUUCACUAGAGUCUAAGAGCUGCAGCUGUGAACCUGAGCCCAUAUUAACUCAGUGUCUCAGAGUGGACACACUUACAUGUUUGUGAUUGUAGCUUUACAUUUUUAAUGCGCCGUAGCAGCAGGGAUGAUUGAGGUCGACAGUCUGGACUCUAAUAAAUGAUGUUUUGAUCGGUUUUAAAGCCCCACAGACACAACGCAGACACAUUCAUGUUCCCACCACCAAAGUCAAUGAACAUCAAGCUGCACUAUGCAAAUGAACGCUUUAAUUGCUGUUGUGUAAAGAAUCUCUCAGUGGUUAUAGAGCCACAAAAGCUCACCUGAGCUUAAACUACGUCCCCCUCGAUGCACAGCUCAGGGAUUUCAGGGACUAGUCGUCGUAGUCCCAGCAAACAGAAGCUGACGAGGCUUCUAGUCCUACUCUGAGGUGGGAGUGGUUGUGAGACACUUCAUAUCUACGGCCACAUUUAAAUCACAUUUAGACACAAAUUAUAUUUCACUUGGAAACAUGAAGUGAAUGAAAUGAACCAUGAAAUGAAAAAAACUGUUUGCAUUAGUAUAAUGUUGGAUUAACAUGAUAACCUCUGGUACUUGCACUGAGUAUCACAGCCACUGUCCAGAGAUUCUACUGUGACAAUCAGGAUUUUUAUGUCAUUUUUAAUUGAACAUUUGAGACCACACGUGUCAUGAACUCUGCACUUUAUGAGCUUUUACAGAUUUUACCGAAGUGUCAUUAAUGUCACUGUUAGCCUUUAAACCACUUCUGCAUUGACCAAAUGAACCAAAAGUGGAAGCACCUCUUUCACAUGUCACAAAGGCCUUAACUCAAGAUAGGAAUCAAAGCAUUUUUGCUGCAGUUGAAGCAUUUAAAAUAUUCCUAACAUAUUUGUACUGAGGUUUAGUUUUUUCUGGUCUCAACUUAAGCACUUUUAAUUGUGACUGCCUUUACUUAGAUUUCUUCACAGGAGCAAUAAUUGUUUUUAUGUUUUAAAGAUUUAGCAAUUUUAAAUUCAAACAAUGUCGCACUAUAUAAAAGCACUGAUUAUAAAGUACUGAUGUUGCUGAAGGGGUGCAAUACUUGAUUUACCUCAUCUGUAUGUGUUAUCCAGAUGUUUUAUUGUAAAAAGAGUCAGAUAUGUUUUACUGUGGGACUUGUGUUUCAUGUUUUUAAGCAUGAGAGGAUUGUUGUGUCGUCUCGGUGUUGUGGUUUUACCAUCAUGAAUUCGUUUAUGAAAUGUGUGUAUGUCGCAGGAGGCGAAGUCUUCCAUCCACUCACUGUAAAACGCAACAUCAUCCUGUGUUCGCGAGUCAGUCAUGUCAUGAAGGGCCACAGAGGUUUAAGAUUUGUGCCAAUGAUGUGUGUUUUUUUAUGUGGUUUCUUAUGUGCCAUCAUGUGCCAUCACGUGCCAUCAUGACAUAUGCCAGCGUGAUCAGGAGAUCAGCAUUGUCACAGCCAACACAUCCAAAAGUAGUAAACAACAACAUAUUUUUUCCAGUACGAUACAGAGGCUCUGACAUUACUUUAGUUUCACAUUGUUAGAAUCAGAAACAUUUUAUAUAUCAGGAUAAAUAAAUUUCAUAAAACCGAGUGUGACCUCAAGUUACACUAAAUACCUUUAUUUAAAGUUUUAUGGAACACCUACAUUUAUAUUCAGGUAUAAUACAUAAGAAAACGAUAGUAUAAAACAUUUGAACAAAUGCUUUGUUUCUGGUAUCAAGAAACCGUAUGUUUGAAUGUGUUUUCAGUCUUUGGGGGCUCUAUGGUGUCUAACACAAGGAAUAAUAACUGGAGCAACAAUAAAUGCUGUAACUGUG